GCCGUGUAAAGAAAAAAAUCGCGAUGGGAGAACAUGUAUGAAAUGCUCGGCUAGCCCGGCGGCUGUGGUCGUUCGACUCAAUGAUCCGCUCUGACAAAUCAUGCAAGAUGAUGCAAUGUGUUGCUACAAGGUUGAAGGAGACCAGACCAGAACUCAUCAAGCAGAAAAAUUGAAAAAUCUGUUUGAUGCAACAUCAUCAAUGACAGCAAAGGAAGACUUGCUAAGAACUCUGCGUUGCAAGCUUCUUCUUGCAACUGCCAGAAAUGUAGGUUAUUCCAAGAUAAUGUUUGCAGACUGUGCCUCAAGGAUUUCAGUUCGCUUGUUAUCAGACAUAUCUCAAGGGAGGGGUGGUGAUUUGCCAUACGACACUGGCUUCAGUGAUGACCGCCAUGGUGAUGUUCUCUUCGUAAGACCCAUGCGAGAGUUUAUGACCAAGGAGAUUGCACUUUACAACUUCUUCAACAAUGUCGAAACUGUGUUGAUACCCACACUGGGAACAAUGACUCAUUCACAUGCCAGUAUUGACCGUUUAACAGAAGAUUUUGUUAGUGGUCUCCAGGCUGAUUUUCCGUUCACUGUCAGUACAAUCUUCAGGACUGGCGACAAGUUGUCUGUUAAGGAAGUUUCUGAAGAUGUAGCAGCUUGUGCUCUUUGUGGAGUUCCAAUGAAUGUGAACCCAACCCUCCUGUCUGCUCUGACAGACAGUGUGAGUUCUGUCAAGCUUGACACUGAUGAUAAAAACACUCCCCAGUCUGCUAGUGAUUGUUGUGGCGGUUGUGGCAGUGGAUGUUUGUCUUCAUCUUCUGAGCAGGUGUUGACCAAAGAAAACAUCCUUGAUACAUUUUGUUACGGUUGCCGGCUCACGUUUAAAGAUUCAAAGUUCACUGUGAGUGAUCUGCCCUCUUCUGUGCAGGAAGCAGCAACGAAAGUUCAUCACAGGGCCCAGAUGAAAGAACAGAUCAAAGAUUUCUUGUUGGAUGAAUGAUAAUGUUUUGAAUAUAAUAAUAACAAGCACACUGUCAAUAUUGUUAUUAAAAUAUAUUUUACUUUAUUCAAUUAAAAAAAAGUGUUAAUUCCCAAUGAAUUCAAAGUUGGUGAUGGUUGCCACUGUUCAGACAAUGUGCUUUUUCUUAUGUGCUGUGCUUGCAUGUACAAAGGCAAGUUUUGUGGUGAAAUGUGAUUAAAAGUAAUGUUCAGACCAAGGGCUUGUUUUACAUUU